AAUUUAAAAUUUUUGAAUACAGUGGUACGGUACACUAAAUUUGAAAAACCUCAUUCCUCCUCUUUCGAAUUCUACAGAGCGAUACGAAACAAUGCCGUUCGCCUCUGGCUUUCAAGAACAGAUACGUACGGCAGUACCACACUCGCACGACACAUGUCCCAGGAAAGUUACAAGUACACCACAAACGACCCAACCCAACCGAAUUCCGACGUCUCCAUACCCCUACAGUAUUUUACAGCCGAAACAAGCGAACCAAGCCAGUUAUUAUCGAACAUAAUGACCACCAAACGCGCAGCAUCUGUCGAGAAACCGCCGUUGUCACCAGUCGCCAGUGUCUCGAGACCGAUUUCGUGGUGGACAAUCUGCUGCUCCCUCCUCCUUCUUCUUCCUGCGGUAUUGGAAGCCAAUAAAAUCGAUGACGACGAACAAUGGGGAGCCAAUCUUGAGGACCAUCCCGAUCCCAACGACGAACACUACGAAGGAAUGAUCUACGUCGGCAAGCACGACGCCAACGGGAAACGGAUCGGUUUCGACCAAGACAACGGAAUUCGGUACAUAUUUGGGACCUCAUUCGACGAGACCCACAAGGACAUCGAAGAAAAAGACUUGCUCCACCACCCCCUGCGGCCGGUCCAAGACAUUCCCGACCACGAGCGCGAAGCUGUCCUCAGGGAACGGCGGCAUGGAUCCCUCAAACAAGACGGCGAGAGCGGUCGCUAUGAAAUGCCAAAGGCGUUUGGUCACGUAGAUGAGCACCCGCUGGAUGGUGGGGUCGUCCCGCCCAAGGUUGUCCACGUGGAUCCCUUCUUUCUGGACGAAACCCUCGUCACCAACAAGGAGUUUGGAAAGUUCGUCAGGGCGACCUAUUAUGAGACGGAAGCGGAGAAAUACGGAUGGUCCUUUGUCUUGGAGUCGAUGGUGGACAAAGCCGCGCUGAUGCAACACAGGAGAGACCAGCAACAAGACGAAGACCUGGAGCUAGAAAAUGAUCCAGAAGCCGAGGACUGGAUGGCCGUCGACGGAGCUUACUGGAGGCGUCCCGAGGGACCCAAAUCGAGUUAUAAGGUGCGUUCAGGCGACUGUAGAAAAAAUCCAGAAAAUGCAGCAAGGCAUCGGUCGAUAUACGAAAAUGGAGUUCACCAUUUGAUACGAAGUUAGUAGCUUGUAUCUGUUUGGCUUUUUUUGGCUUUUCCGUUUUGGUUACCGCUACAAGAAAGCCUUGAGAUUCUCGCACAGCACGAAUAAUUAAUUUACCCCCAGAAUCUGUGCUUGCUGGUACCUGCGCCUCCGUUGCUCGGAUUUUGACUACUCAAAAUAUGCGAUCAGUGCUCUGAAAUGGUUCAUACAUAUUCUUUAAAACGCGCUCACAUUUAUUUCUAUCACUCCCCUUCAGUACCGAGAAGAUCACCCUGUUGUCCACGUAUCUCACCGAGAUGCCGCCGAAUAUUGCAAAUGGGUAGGCAAAAGGUUACCAGGCGAAUGGGAAUACGAAGCCGCCGUGAGAGGCAAGAACACUGGACCCUCCAAUAGAACAAUGUUCGCGUGGGGCGACGAUGACAGUGAUUGGGAAUUGGCGUCCAAGCACGCUAAUCUGUGGGGCCCGGGCGCUUUUCCGAACGAAAACGGCGCCCUGGAUGGAUACCGGGCAACCUCUCCUGUCAAGCACUACCCGCCUAACGAUCUCGGAUUUUACGACACAACCGGAAACGUCUGGGAAUGGAUGCGUGGCGGCAAACACAAGGCACGGAUCGUCCGCGGGGCUUCCUUCGUGGACUCUUUGGACGGAUCGGUCAACCAUGCCGCUACGCUGGGGGCCCGGUCCACCGUUCAUGCCACUACCACCACGACCAACGUUGGGUUUCGAUGUGCCAAGGCUCCAAAACGGCGGACGGAAUAUCACUUCGUGACGCACGACGAGGCAACCCAUGGGCACUUGGCAGUCGAGGACCAGUUUGGAAAGCGGGACAUGAUCCCGCAAAAAGGCUGGGAAGAUCAGUAUCAUCACGUAGACGAAGAGGAAAACGAGAACGACGAAGAUCCUGACAACCAGUACAACAAUCAGUUGAAGAAACGACGGGUAAUCAAGAGACGAGAACGUUAUUCGAACGAAUUGUAAACCAAUCAAGGAAAACGUAGACUAAUUUUGAGUCUAUGACAUUUUUUAUUGCGUUACCACAAAAUGGAUAUCUCAAAUGAAAACCUAUGUAACAU